CUUCUGGCACGUUCGCUCAGAUAGAGCAUGCUCACCAUAAACUUCCACCAAGAUACGAUGACUUUCGGCUGCUUUUUUCUUCAUAUUAAAAUAAUGAAGAAGAAUUCCCCGCAAAAACACAUUAUUUGGCACGAAAUUCGACAUUUUCAAGUGUGGUAAAAAUAUUGUUGUUUACGCUUCAAAUAAAAAACUUAUACUGACGUUUGUGCCUUACGACAGUAGCUCUCCAAUGAAUGUUUGGAAAUGUGGAUCGAUGGAAUAAUAAUCAAGUUACGCCAUCUGUUGUAAAACCGCACGAACUUAUUGAUAGUCCUAUUAUAAUGUCAAGUGAAGAAAUAGAUAAUGCCAAAUAAAUAUUUGAUAAAGAUAAUAUUCCAUUUAUAAACAUAGAUGAAGCUCUUGAAUUUUCAGAAAUUAAAAUAGCAACCAAUGGCAAAACAAUAAUCUACAUAAUAAGUUUACCCACAGUAGAAUCCGAAAUUUGUAAAACAAUAGACAUUAGAGGCGUUAAGAAAAAUAAUAAAAUCAAUCAAAUUAAUUUUAAAUAAAUCCUUAAUUUCGGAAACAAUCUUUACGGAAUAUUAGGAAAUUGUAAACAGUGCAACUCACUCCAAAUAUGUUCAAAAACAAAGUAUUAGACUUAAGUAACAAAUAAGAAAUCUGUUAAGUAGCCGGUUGCCAAAUUGCACAGUGACCAACAGCGAAAUUAUUCCAGAAUUCGAGGAACUAUCACCAGGCAUCAUGUUCUUAAGCGAUUUUAGAGGAGAAAUCUUAAUUGAUGAAGAGCCCACAUCCGUUAACGGUACAUUCAUAAUUCACUACAGUUACAAUCAACAAGACAAAUUUUUCCAACGCAGAAAGAUCAUCACACAAGCCCCAACCCGCUAUACUUCAGAUAUUUUCAGAAACAAGCGAAGACACCUUAUCAUUACAAAUGCUAAAGCAGCCAAACCUCAAUAACACAAAACAAAUAAUUUCCACAAAAUCAAUCAACUACUUUAAUUACGCCACCAACAUCAGCCUAGUGAUAGUACUAAUAGUCAUCAUCCUACUCCUAGAAAGUCAAGGUUAACACUCGAGAAGGCCAAACAGAAUCGAUCUAUUGAGUUGACAGAGACAGCGGUAGAGUGCCUCAAUCAAAUUUUCAAUUAAACCUCAAACGCGGACGUUCGAACUUAAAAGGCUGCUUGUUAGCAUAACACAGUAUACUAAUCUACACGCUAACCAAACAAACAAAAUUGCUGACAUUGCAGCGCGUGCAGAGCUAAGCAUCAAAUAUCAUACUAUUGAUCGCGCAUUUGCAAAAACUGCUGACGAUACGUCUGGCCAUAAGACACCCUUACGCAAAGCAAACGUAUUGCACCUAAUGCUGAAAACAGUGAACACCGUAAACGCAAUCCCGACUCAGCUGUUCCGUUAAAACUAAUGAGAACCCCAUGUAAAUGAAAAGUUCCUUCCUUCCGGUAAAAAAGUCAAAUAACACUGUGGAACAAAUUCAAGUUAGCAAAAAUUAGGUCCAUUCUGAGAGUGGCGGCUGAAAAUAGAGGCGAAAUUAGAAGACCCGUAUCGCGCCGUUUUUUUAUGUUAGUUCGAAUUUUUUUUUAAUCGGCCUUCGAAGUUUACAGUCAAAUGCCGAUUUUCAGUAUAUUGUUUCAUAAGUACCACAAAAAUUUUCGAAAUAAAUUUUUUCAAAAAUUAUAAUUGUUGCACAGGUCUCUAGCAAUAAUUUGGCUUUUACAGAUUGAAAAAAUAUCAAUUAGUCGACGAGUUAUAGCCAAAAAACCAUAUAAACAAUUUUGCUCCGAUUUCGAACUUCGAAGGCCGAUUAAAAAAAAAAUUCGAACUAACAUAAAAAAACGGCGCGAUACGGGUCUUCUAAUUUCGCCUCUAUUUUCACCCGCCACUCUCAGAAUGGACCUAAUUUUUGCUAACCUGAAUUUGUUGCACAGUGUAACCGCAACAAGAAAAAUAGCUUCUUUUCAUAGUUUAUUUUGUUUAUUUUUACUAAAAAUUCAUUUUCCGAACAUGAAACUGAAUGUAAAAAAGUCAAAUAACACUGUGGAACAAAUUCAGGUUAGCAAAAAUUAGGUCCAUUCUGAGAGUGGCGGGUGAAAAUAGAGGCGAAAUUAGAAGACCCGUAUCGCGCCGUUUUUUUAUGUUAGUUCGAAUUUUUUUUUAAUCGGCCUUCGAAGUUUGCAGUCAAAUGCCGAUUUUCAGUAUAUUGUUUCAUGAGUACCACAAAAAUUUUCGAAAUCAAUUUUUUCAAAAAUUGUAACUGUUGCACAGGUCUCUAGCAAUAAUUUGGCUUUUACAGAUUGAAAAAAUAUCAAUUAGUCGACGAGUUAUAGCCAAAAAACCAUAUAAACAAUUUUGCUCCGAUUUCGAACUUCGAAGGCCGAUUAAAAAAAAAAUCGAACUAACAUAAAAAAACGGCGCGAUACGGGUCUUCUAAUUUCGCCUCUAUUUUCACCCGCCACUCUCAGAAUGGACCUAAUUUUUGCUAACCUGAAUUUGUUGCACAGUGUAAUUUUAAUUAUGGAUAAAUGAACUAUUUGCAUUUGUUGGUUUUUAGCAUUGGUUUAUUAAACAAUGAAAAAUUUUAACUGAUAACGUGGAUGUGUGAAAAAGUGUGUAAGCAAAAAUAUCAAUGGCAACAUUGUGUAGAUACAACACAAAUACACACACAAACCGAUGUAUUGUGUAAAUAUGUAAUUAAAAGAACGCAGUUGUUCUCGGGGGUGAGUUUUUGUGCACGGUAAGGGACUGCGGUAAGGGAUUCCGUGUUCACUGUUUUCAGCAUAACUCCGCCCGUGGGAACGGCGAAAGCAGCAGAGUAUCGAGUAGGGUAGAAAUAAUUAUAAACUUCAGUUUGUUGAAAAAGGUAACUCAAAAAAAGGGGAUAGUUCCCCAAAAAAUAGUAAAUAGUUUAACUUGUACACUUAUUUAUAUAUGAUAUACAUACAUAUAUUGUAUAUCAAAAUUUCAACUUGCACAUAUCCAAAUAACUUAGAGCUAUUGUAUUUUAUUUUUAUAUUUGUAUUUUUUUCUUAUAUUUAUUUAUUUUUAUUUCUUUCAACUUCUAAUAUUCUAUCCGGUGACCGACAUGUAACUCUACAAAUUCGAAAACUUACCUUCUAGCUUCUGCUAUCAUGUAUGAGCAGGCAGUGCGAUUCCAACUUUAAAGUGAUACCGUUAAAUCUAUGAAAAAACCCUGUGCUUUUUUGUUGGUAUCAACUCACCGCACCUUAUUGAUCGUCGGUAAAUCGGUAGCAUAAAUCUCUGUUAAACAAGUCUGAACGUCUUUAUCCCUCAAUGGCUAUAUAAUGAGUGGAAGAAAUGGAAUUUGCUAUAAACACCUGUUAUAUUACAUAUUGAUAAAAAGCAUGCAUACCAACAGUUGGCGAAUUGUCCAAAGCUUUUGAAUUUGUUCGUCAAACAUAAUUGCUUGUCUAAAUUAGCACACGAAAGGAUAAGCGCAAUGUUGGGAGCUGGAAGCGAAUACUUUUUGCUGCAACAUGCAAUUGCGGCUACAAACCGGCAAUGUGUCUGCUAGUGAAUACAUUAGAUCGUUUGUUACACGGAUUUCAAAUUUAAUACUAAUUCAAAUAUCGAGUAAAAGCAGGUGUGAGUAAUUAAUAAUUUGAAUUGGGUUAAAUAAUCAUAGGAUUAGAUAUCAGAUUUAGAGGAGAUCAUACAGACCUACAUAUGUAUGUGUAUCGAUACCGUACAGAGCACAGCAGAAUCCAAAUGGCAUUCCAUGAAAGGCAGUUUCAUCAGAUAAAACAAACCACUUUGGCUUAAAUAAUUAAUUUUUCAAUAAAUUUUGUAACGAUCUUAUUACCUAAAUACUGAUUCGAAAAAUCAAGUUUUUAUAUAUCUAUUAAAAAUCGUCCAUCAUCAUCCAUUCGGAAAAAAAUUGUUAUAAAUGUAUUUAGCAACGAAGGUUAUUAAGUCGAAUAUUUUUUUGUCGUCGUUUUGCAUGCGAUGCUCAUACAGCGCCGCGUAUUCCAACGUUUUCGCCUAUUUCAGCGUUAAAAUCCAGACAUUUCAACAACAAACUGGAAGCUUCUCCAUGCAGGGACACCAUAUGAGAAAAACGAACCCUAUCUUAUCCUCCAGAUAAACAAAGAGGCAGAAAACAAACUAUAGCCACGGGAAGAUAUAAAAAAACGGAACCCGAUGGAUAGGAAUGACAACACGCUGGAAGCUGGUGAAGUAGAGCGCGAUCUUAGCCUGGAUUCCGUGACAGAAGUGACACUGGCACCACAGCUUAAGAGUGACAAGCCCAACGUGAUAGAUACCACCGAAGACAGAGUGACGGCGACAGCCCGCCGAACCCGUGGAAAAAGUCUCUGACACCGACGGAAGCGAGAAUCCUUCAAAUCAACCUCUAUCAGAGCAAACCAACUACAGCUGAGCUCUUCAUAACCUAGGAGAAGCGCGACUACGACGUGGUUGUAAUCCAGGAAUCUUGGAUAACCUCUGGUAACAAGGUUGUUGGACUGCAGUCUAAAAAGAACUACAAGCACAGAUGACCAAACCGUGGUUUCUAUCGAAGGUGAAGAAAAGGCGUCUAAACUCUUUGCCUCAAAUUAUAUGGCUCACGACGUAGAGGCACCACCACCAGAGCUGAAAAAAGUGUUAUAAGAGAGAAUGAGAGGAGGUCUGGAGAUGGUGGUAGGGGGCGACGCAAACUCACCAUCUUCAGUGGGGCAGCACAGACACGGUGGAACGGGGCCGUUGGCAAGCUUUUGCAGAAAGGAAGCUCUGUACUAAUACAGAGGCUGGAAGAUAUUUUAAACUGUCUGAGGCUAAAUUACGUCCCUACAGACUGGAGAUCAGCUAAGGUUGUUUUUAUGCCUAACCCGGUGUUCGGAGCAGCAGCUAAUCCCGUUCCACAACCUACAAACUAACUUUUAACUAUAGCCAAUAUUUAUAAUUUCGGCCAUAAGCUGGUUACCUUAAAAUGUUAUGUUAGCUGGUCACCUUAAAAUGUCAUGUUAUAUUAUUUAUCAGUUUUUAUACAUUCCUUACAAUAUUCCUUUUCGCUUAACGGCAUACAAAAAUACAAAGUAUACGCAGGCAUUUACUUAGCAUAAGAUAUGUAUACAUAACAUUACUUCUCCUUUCGCUUGUCUAAUGCAGUUACAUAUGCACAUAUAUAUAUACGUGCAAAUAUUCGCGAAUUAGCAUUAGCAGUUGAACUUUUUGUAAACACGGCCACGCAUUAAAUCAAAAUAUAAAUUAUAACGUGUUAAAAAACCUAGUUUUUAUUUCGCAAUAUAGCUACCAAAAAAUAUCGGAAGCUCAACAUUUGGUGACCCCGACGUGAUCGCCGUGUUUUUUCGCGUUAAUUUAAUAAUUUAAAUUAAAUAAUUUAAAGUUGCAUAUUUUCCCGUUGCGGUUUCGAGCAUUAUUUUUGUUGUGUACUUAGUGCGGAGUACAUAAGACAGUAAAUAGGACCUGUAAAAUAGUGCAAUAAACUUAUUAACCGGUGGCGAAAUUUAUUAAAACAGUUGUUCCGGCCAGUUAGAUACGGUGCAUUUAUUUUUACCGUAUAACAUUGUCGUCGAGUAUAACGCACCUAUUUUUUUUUACGUGUCGCGCAGCGUUAUAGUUAACCUAUUUGUUCGCCAUGCCAUUCAGCCCGGCUACUGGUACACCAGCAAGAGACGAUAUGUGUGAUGUUGGUCCAACCAACGGGCCGACUAUGGGUCCGCCUAUGGGCCGAGUGACAUUUCUGAAGAUGAAAUCGAAAGCUAUACUUAAUCGCCUUGAAAGUAUAGCCACCGACUUGGAUCCUGAUAAUCUGCACAGUAAGGAUGAAUAUGCUCUCAACGCAAUACUGGAAUUAUUGGUGGAGCUGAAAUCCAGUUUUUCGGUCACCCACACAAGUUUGGAGGAACUGGACUUCGAGUCGAUUACCAGUGACCUACCUGCCAAAUUCGAUACCACGCUAGUCAAUCUCAGAGCCACUCUGCAACGGGAGAUCGGGAAGCGCAGUACUUCACAACAUUGCUCAACUUUUCGGAUGAACACCGCGGACACACAGUCUAUAAUUGUAAACGCAAAUCGUUCGCGUGUGCCACUACUAACGUUGCCCAAAUUUAGUGGGGCUUACACGGAGUGGACAAAUUUUUACGCAAUGUUCACAUCUGUAAUCGACAAAGACAGUGAACUGACACAAGUGGACAAGCUUCAACAUUUGCGGUCUUGCCUUAGUGGUGCUGCCCUGGACACCGUGGGAUCACUCGAGAUAAACGACACUAACUACAAAAUUGCAUUAGAACUUUUACAAAAACGAUUUGAUAAUAAACGUCUUAUCUUUCAGGCACACAUCAGGGGAAUAUUUGAGUUGGACAAGGUGGAUUCGUCCGUACACACGUUGCGGGCAUUGACAGACAAGGCAAUCGCGCACAUGCGCGCUCUACAAUCUAUCGGCUCAAAAGAACAAAUAUCCGAUAGCAUCCUCAUUCAGUUGAUAGUGCAAAGGUUAGACAAGGUGACUCAAGCUAAAUGGGAGGAGAAUUCGACAAGCAACGACCUACCCUCUUGGAACCAACUAGCUGGAUUUUUAGAAAAACGCUGUCGUACACUCGAAAACGUCGAAUAUGCAUUGCAGACACAAGCUAGCAUUCCGGUAAAAGUCAUCAAAAGCGUGAGUACAAAUCCAAGAAAAUCUUUUGUUGCUUCGAAUAGCUCAGUAGGUAGUUGCGUAUUUUGCGAAUCCCCCGAACAUGUAAUUUACCGUUGUCAACGCUACGUCAAUUUGUCGCCAAAUCUACGCCAGAAAGAAGCUAAAAGGCUCAACCUAUGUCUUAAUUGUUUGAAGAAAGGUCAUCAGAUUCGUGACUGCAAAUCGGGACCCUGUCGCAGCUGUCAAGCGAAGCAUCAUACACUGUUACAUUUUGAUCGGUUAUCCAUUUCACCAACUACUCAGUGCCAAGCACCUUGCACUACUUCUGAAUCGAAUGCUAGGACUGCAUCAUUAUCUAACACGUCCCAUGCUCAUACUCCUUCUCCUGAUGUUGUGCUCCUCGCCACUGCAAUUGUUCUAAUUGAAAAUCGUGCUGGAACCUUCGUACCUUGCCGCGCCCUUCUAGAUUCGGGCUCGCAGCUUCACUUCGUUACAACGCGUUUCGCUAACCAGCUACAACUUACUAGAACGAAAUCAUUGGUCGCAGUCUCCGGCAUUGGAGAUGCAAGCUUUUCGACUGAUGGGUGCUCCGUUGAUAUAGUUCUGAAGUCGCGGGCUUCAGAUUUUCGUACAAUUGUCACUGCUGUUGUGGUGAAAACAAUUACCGAUAGUCAACCAGUCGCUUCAAUAAACAUCGCUAAUUGGAACAUACCCUCAAACAUUCAACUAGCUGAUUCUGGUUUUAACGUGCCCCAGCGUAUUGAUCUGCUCAUCGGAGCAGGACUUUUCUAUGAGCUACUUUGCGUAGGACAGAUUCAAUCAGCACCUGAAUUACCAUUACUUCAAAAAACUCGCCUUGGCUGGGUUCUGUCUGGCGGUAAGCAACAAGCCCCCAAACUUUCAACAUUCGUAGCAAGUCACAGCUCAACUUCAGAUAUCAGUAUUGAUGAUCGGCUGGAUGAUUUAGUCCGGCAGUUUUGGGAGAUCGAUCAUGUCGUUGAACCGAUUUCUAAAAAUUCUAAAGAGGAGCUUGACUGUGAGUUGCAUUUCAAGCAAAAUUUCAUUCGUUUAGCCUCAGGCGCAUAUUCGGUUCGCCUGCCAACAAAGCUAAAUUUAGAUUCGUUAGGUGAGUCGUACUCACAAGCUCGACGCCGAUUUCAAAACCUAGAAAGAAAACUCGUACGUAAUCCUGAGCUCAAGGCAAAAUAUUGUGCAUUCAUGAAAGAGUAUCGUGACCUCAAUCACAUGUCGUUAGUUCCAAACUCUGCUAUCCAUGAGUGCAAAUAUUUUCUGCCGCAUCAUUGCGUCAUUAAAGACGAAAGUACUACAACAAAAUUAAGAGUUGUUUUUGACGGUUCUGCAGCUACAACCUCGGAUUUAUCACUUAAUGAUUUACUCAUGACUGGACCAACAAUUCAGCCCAAACUUUUCAAUAUUUUAAUUCGUUUUCGUACGUUUCCGAUUGCACUCACUGGAGACAUCUGCAAAAUGUAUAGAUGCGUCCGGAUCUACCCACCGGAUAGCAUGCUCCAGUGUAUAUUGUGGCGUGAUUCUCCUGAAGAUGACUUAAAUAUAUAUAAAUUAGACACUGUAACAUAUGGAACUAAAUCUGCAGCAUUCCUAGCGAUUCGUUCAAUGCACCAACUUGCGUCGGAUGAAUCCUCAGUUUAUCCACUUGGUUCGCAAACCAUCAUUCGAGACUUUUACGUGGACGACUUGAUAAGUGGUGGCGAUACUUUGGAAGAAGUAGAAGAAAUCAAACGACAAACAACGAAUAUUCUCGCUCGAGGUAACUUCCAGCUAAGAAAAUGGUGUUCCAAUAGUCCAGAUGUUCUUCGUAAUAUUCCUGAUACUGAUAAACAAGACUUGCUUAAGUUUAAUGACGGCAGCGACAUCACCAAGGCAUUGGGUUUGAUCUGGAAGCCGUUUGAUGACAAUCUGCUAUUUUCGUUUACGUCGCAACCUGAAUUUUGCAAGAACUCCAAGCGAUCGGCGUUAUCUACGUUAGCUCGUUGUUAUGAUCCGCUUGGACUCAUUGGCCCCACUUUGACCAGAGGAAAAAUUCUUUUACAGCGCAUGUGGAGGGAUAAGCUGGAGUGGGAUGAAAGCUUACCGCACUCACUGAACACUGCUUGGUCUACAUUUCGCAACGAGUUCGUCGAAGUGCAGCAUUUAUCAUUCCCUCGGCACGUACUGCAGCCUGGAGCCACCGUCGAAAUUCAUGCAUUUUGUGAUGCAAGUAUCGAAGCGUACGGUGCCUGUAUCUACAUUCGUUCGAUAAUGGAUGACCGCGCGCAAGUGCAUCUACUGUGUUCCAAAGCUCGCGUCGCUCCAUUGAAGAUACUUACGAUACCCAAACUGGAACUCUGCGCUGCUUCCUUGCUUGCGGAAUUAGUAAAUGGGAUAUUUAAAAUGAAACUUUUCGCCGGCCGCUUUCACUGUUGGUCGGAUUCAUCGAUUGUGCUUUCAUGGCUGCGUGAAGAGCCAUCUAAAUUUAAUGUGUUUGUUGCUAACCGGGUAAGCGCGAUACAGCAACUUACAGAGGGUAUGCAAUAGCAUUACAUUCCUACAGAAUUAAACCCUGCUGACAUUUUGUCGAAGGGAGCCUCACCAACGACACUUUCACAAUCUCCACUUUGGAUGCUCGGGCCUUCGUUCUUGCGAGAAGUUGACAACAAUUGGCCCCAAUUUUGCGCACCUAAAACUAAAAUUAUAGAACUUUGACAAAGGGUGUUGCUCUUGUCAAAUGAUCGAACCGACUUAACACUAUCCUUUAAGUACAUAAAUUCGUUUGGCAAGAUGCAACGUAUUUUUGGAUAUGUAAACAAGUUUAUAACAAGCAGAAUCUCACCAAGAACUUCGCAACUCACGUUUGAGGAUAUUCAUCGCGGUACUCAAUUGUUGAUUCGCAUCGUUCAAAGGGCGCAGUUGUGGUCCGAGUAUGUGGCUUUGAAAAACAAUAAGUUUGUUCACGCCUCAAGCCCCAUCGCUUCGCUGUCACCAUUUUUAGAUGAUUUUGGCCUUAUUCGUGUAGGUGGCAGACUAAGACAUUCAACGCUCAGCUUUGAAGCACGUCAUCCAUGCAUCCUUCCAAGGGAUCACCCACUGACAUUCGCCAUAAUAACACAUUAUCACCGUAAGUACCACCAUGCAGGUCCGCAGUCUUUGCUUGCUUCUCUUCGCAUGCAGUUUUGGCCCAUAGGAGGAAGGAAAACUACUGCGCGAGCCAUACGAAGGUGUAUCAUAUGUUGUAGAUCAAAACCGCGUCUUCUCGAGCAUAUCAUGGCUGACUUACCUAAA